AUUGACAACCCGUCAUUUCAAUUUGACAACUUUUAACCCUGAUAAUCACAAUGUUUUUGUGCUCUUGUGGUACUUAAAUGUAAAUAAAGAGAAGAAUGAAUAAGUAGGCAAAUUUUUAGUUUCACCACUAAAAAAAUGGACAACUAACAAAAUGUUUGGCUCUAAGAAAGACCUUAAACAAUGGGCCAAGUCUCGAUACGAGACGCGCAAGAACAUAUCCGGAGCGACGCGCACGCACAUCCGCGGCCCGGGCGAUGCGUACGGGCGGCGAGAGAAUGCGGGCAACACCGUCACCUUCCAACGCCUGUCCGUUGCCGGGAUUCAUGUCACCGGGGUGCCGUUAGAUGACCUGGAGCGUUCAGCAUUGUAUGUCAUCGACGCGCUGGCACUCCGCCGCGACUACAUGGAGAUGUCAGAGCAGUCGUUCCCGGAGACCCUGGCCUACUACAUCACGCACCGACAGUCUCCCCCUAAGGAGGAACAGCCGCAUGAUGACGUCAUCGAUUUAAGCAGUGCUGUGCUGAAAUUUGAUGAAGCGGUCGCGGAGCAGAGCAUUCGCUUAAGAACAUGCUCUUCGGUAGAUCUGCAGAUCGCGCAGGGUGUCGGGCGAGGCAGCUGGCAGAAUUCAGAAACGCAAUUUUCUCUGCCUGGUACCCUGUCAACAAUCUUCCCGGGUCACAGAGGCUUCUGUGACAGUCAAGAGGAUUUAAGUGCAAAUGAGCAUGCGGCAAUCCAAGACCCGUGGGCGUGUCCGUUUCCCCCGAGCCGGCACUACGUGUGCCGCUGGCAGCGCGGCGUGGUGCGCGUGUACCGCAGCGAGGGCGAUGCCGCCGACCACAAGCCGCUGAGCUACCGACACCUGCCCUUCGAGAAGUACGUCGAGGACAUGGCGCGACUCACCGCCAUGAUCAGCGACGGACCACUGAAAUCGUUCUGCUACCGUCGCUUGAGCUACCUGUCGUCCAAGUUCAAGAUGCACGUGCUGCUCAACGAGCUCCACGAGCUCGCGCUGCAGAAGGCUGUACCUCACAGAGAUUUUUACAACGUCAGGAAAGUGGACACCCACAUCCACGCCGCGUCCAGCAUGAACCAGAAGCACCUGCUGCGCUUCAUCAAGCGCACGCUGCGCACGCAGCCCGACGCGGUGGUGGCGCUGAGCGGCGGCGCGCCCAUGACGCUCAAGUCCGUGUUCGAGGAGAUGCACCUCGACGCUUACGACCUCAACGUCGACAUACUGGACGUGCAUGCUGAUCGGAACACGUUUCAUCGUUUCGACAAGUUCAACGCGAAAUACAACCCCGUGGGCGAGAGCAGGCUGAGGGAGGUGUUCUUGAAGACCGACAACUACAUGAACGGCACUUACUUCGCUAGCAUCAUCAAGGAAGUGAUGAGUGAUUACGAAGAGAACAAGUACACGUAUGCGGAACCACGCAUUUCCAUCUACUGCAAGAACGCGAGCGAGUGGGGCAAACUGGCGUCCUGGGCGAUACGCCACCAAGUGCAUUCGCCACACGUUCGCUGGCUUGUGCAGGUUCCUCGACUGUACGACAUCUACCGCAUCAACAAACUCCUGAAGAACUUCCAAGAGUUCCUGAAUAACCUGUUUGACCCGUUGUUCAAGGUGUCUGUAGAUCCUCAUUCGAAUCCUGAUCUGCACAAGUUUCUGACUCACGUGAUAGGCUUCGACAGCGUGGACGACGAGUCAAAGCCUGAGAACCCCAACUUGACUGAGAACAUGAGGUCGCCUGAAGAGUGGGACGACGAAGAGAACCCUCCCUACGCUUACUAUCUCUAUUACAUGUACGCGAACAUGGUCACACUCAACCAGCUGAGGAAGGAGCAAGGGCUCAACACGUUCGUGCUGCGCCCGCACUGCGGCGAGGCGGGUCCCCCCGUACACCUGUGCGCUGGCUUCCUGCUCGCAGACAACAUCUCCCACGGACUGGUGCUGCGGAAGGUCCCAGCGCUGCAGUACAUCUACUACCUGUCGCAGAUGUUCAUAGCAAUGUCUCCGCUCAGCAACAACUCGCUGUUCCUGCGCUACCACCGCAACCCGCUGCCCGACUACCACGCCCGAGGCCUCCGCGUCACCCUCAGCACGGAUGAUCCUCUGCAGUUUCAUUACACCAAGGAGCCUCUGAUGGAAGAGUACAGCGUGGCCGCGCAGGCGUGGAAACUGAGCGCGUGCGACAUGUGCGAGCUGGCCAGGAACUCCGUCAUCAUGUCAGGCUUCCCGCACGAGAUGAAGCAGCGCUGGGUGGGCGCGCAGUACUGGCGCGCGGGCGCGGCGGGCAACGACAUCACGCGCACCAACGUGCCCGACGUGCGCCUCGAGUACCGUCACGAGACCCUCCUCGACGAGCUCGACUAUCUAUUCCAGAAAACAAUAUCAGGACAAAUUCCGUAAAAGAGAAAUCAAUGAAAACCAAGUGUUUGUAAUUAUCACAUAUUUAUUAUUCAACAUCUUAACAGUUACAAAUAAAUACUUUUACAAUUUUA